AUGUCAUUUUAUACCAGUUCAGUAAACACCAGUUUUAGCUAUCAUAUCUUUUAUCGAACCCUUUGGUGGGACAAGGGAGAACUUAACGAAAAGGCAAAGUGGGAAGAAGUAACAUUACCUUAUGUGCUUGCUAAGGGGAUCGACAUUGAGAAAUAUGAAAGACGUACAGAAAAGUUUAAUAUUCAUGGAUGUUGGGAGUGGUCAAACAGAGAAGUCUUAAUUUACGAGUUGCCUUCUAUGCCACACAAAGUUUGCAUCAGUGCAAUCACUACCGAAAUAAUUGUGAGUUGCGUUCCUGUAAUGCGAACUAAUACUGAGAUUUAUAGUUUUGGUUCUACUAAAACGCGUGACAGAAACCGUGGAAAAGAAGCCGAUGCAUCAUUUCGUCCAAAAAAACCAGCUGUAACUGCUCCAAAUGGGAGCGACAGAAAUAAUUAUCCUUGGCCAAAUUUGGUUGUGAAAGUAGCCUACACUGAAACAUUAGAUCAUAUCAAGAAAGCAUUGUGCUAUUGGUUAAGUCCUGGUCGUGCCCAUGAUUGUAUUAUUGUAAAAAUCGAUCCGGUCCUUCAGGGUCAAGUACCUACUCGUAUGAGAGCUUGGCAUUAUUGUGUCUCAGCAGGUAGAGGAAUGAGAAAUUCGCCUCCUCUUGUAAUUGAGUUCGAAUUUGGAACACAAGAUGGAACUGGAGCUCCAUUAAAUAUUUUGCAAGGUCAACCUCAACACACUAUCAGUAUCUCAUUAACUUGUCUUUAUCAUAACUUGAAGCAAUCUACGCCCCCUACACCUCCUGUUCAAAUCCCUCGAAAUCUUUUACCUGAUCCUAUUCUAUUGGACUUCUAUUUUAUUCAACGUGCUAUCACAGAAGCAUUUGACAUUCAUUAG